AAAGAAAAGAAUGCAAUUGUUGACUGCACUUAAAAAAAAAAAAAAAAAAAUUGUUUAGAUGCAUCUAGAAAGCAGAAACCAGAACUAGAAAGGAAGGCAACAGAACAUAAAGUAACUAUUUCGCUCUGCCUAAAACACAUAAUAAAAUGGGAUUUCUAAGGUCAGUGACGACAACAACAAAGACUGCCAUUGCAGCCUCUGCCUUGCCUGUGGCCUUUACUCUCUAUUCCUCUCAAUCUUCAACUCCUAAUCCCAAACCCCAUAACCUCUCUUUUCUCUCAAUCUCCUCUUCUUCCCUUCGCCCUCCAACUCGCUUUGGCCUGGCAAAAAACUUGGCUUCUCCUCCCUCCGCUGUUAAAAUGGAAGCACCCACAUCAGAUCGCAAACACACCCCUCAGGAAGAUGCAGUCUUGCCCGAGCUACUUACAGAAUUCAUGGUGAAUAUGAAGUGUGAAGGUUGUGUUAAUUCUGUCAAGAAUAAGUUGCAGACUGUUAAUGGAGUGAAAAAUGUGGAGGUGGACUUGGGCAAUCAAGUGGUGAGAGUUCUUGGUUCUUCACCAGUAAAAACCCUGACUGAAGCUCUGGAGCAGACAGGUCGGAAAGCCAGGUUGAUUGGCCAAGGAGUCCCUGAAGACUUUCUAGUGUCUGCUGCUGUUGCUGAAUUCAAAGGUCCAGAUAUUUUUGGUGUGGUUCGCUUUGCUCAGGUAAAUAUGGAGUUGGCUAGGAUUGAAGCCAACUUUAGUGGGUUGUCACCUGGGAAACACGGCUGGACUAUCAAUGAGUUCGGUGAUCUGACAAGAGGUGCAGCAAGCACAGGGCAAGUGUAUAAUCCUGCUGAUCAAGAAUCUGGAAAAGAGCCACUUGGCGACCUGGGAACAUUAGAGGUGGAUGAGAAAGGAGAUGCAUUCUUCUCAGGUGUGAAACAGAAGCUAAGAGUUGUUGAUCUUAUUGGGAGAUCAGCGGUGGUAUAUGGAACAGAAGAUAAAUCAAAUGGUUGUCUCACGGCAGCAGUAAUUGCUAGAAGUGCUGGGGUUGGCGAGAACUACAAGAAGGUAUGCACAUGUGAUGGGACCAUCAUAUGGGAAUCAAGUAAUAAAGAUUUUGUCACCAGCAAGGUUUGAUAAUUCUAGUAAACCAACACAUAGUUGAGCAUUUACACAUUUUGUUUUCCUAACGAGGGGUUUGUUGUUUUUUACGUGUAUCAUCUGCUUGAAUGGUUUUGUUAUCUAGUAAAAAUAAUACUAAUAAGCUCGGCCUCUUAUUUGAAUGGCAUUGAUUAUGUUUAUGAACUGUAGACUUUUAUCUAAUAAAAAAAUAAUAAUAAGAGCAGUCCUGAUAUUUUAUACAGAA